AUGGAGACAGCUAUAGGAAACAACUCUGAUGCUCACCAUGAGCUUAUUCUUGUCGCGUGGCGAUUUAAAGAAUUCAGCAUCUAUGUGACAGUAAUGCUGUUUUUAAGCAUAGUCAUUGUGCUGCGCAUUUUCUUCCAUCGUAUCCCCUUGCUCUCAACCUAUCUGCCCGAGUCUUUGAUUCUAAUUGCUGUUGGCGCCGUCUUUGGGGCCAUAAUCAGGUUCACUGAGCUCGAGAUCCGUCACCCCUCGACAUGGCAGCUGUCACCCAAACUAUUCUUCGAGAUCCUGCUGCCACCGAUUGUACUCAAAUCCGCCUACGAACUUCACAAUCGAGUGUUCUGCGAGUUCCUUGGUGUGAUUAUCAUAUUUGCUGUCGUUGGCACUAUACUUAACUUCCUUAUUAUUGGACCCUGUAUGUUUCUACUCCAAAACAUUGGAGCGAUGGGCUCCCCGGCGCUUGGGGUCGACAUAAAGGACUGCCUGUUGUUCAGCUCUCUCAUCAUCGCCGUUGAUCCUGUGGCAGUGAUUGCCAUCUUUCAGGACAUCGGUGUCGACCUAGGUCUUUUCUACAUGGUGUUCGGUGAGUCCUUGCUCAACGAUGCCAUCACAGUGGUGCUAUAUCAAAUUAUGAAAGUUUUCGUCACCAAAGAAGAGGUCGCCGCUCCCGAGAUUGUGAUCGCUUUCGUCUCCUUCUUCACAGUCAGCCUAGGAGGGCUUUGCAUAGGGAUAGUUUUCGGCGUUCUCACCUGUCUGAUCACCAGGUUUCCGAGUUCCAUGGAGGUGAUUGUAGUAAUUAUGAUGGGCUAUUUCUCCUACAUUAUGGGCGAUACAGUGGGCUGGUCCGGAAUCAUCUCGAUGGUCGGCUGUGGUCUGGUACAAGCCUCAUAUGCAUUUCACAAUUUGCAGCCGUCCAGUGUGAUGAUUGUCAAGCGGGUAACGCAGAUCUUGGCCGAGCUUAGUGAAACCAUAAUUUUUCUCUUUCUUGGCGUCGAGCUCUAUCGUGACGACCUCGUGUGGCACAGUGGAUUUGUGCUAUGGUCACUGGUAAUGUCGCUACUCACGAGGCUCUUGGUGACACCCUUGCUCACUUUGCUCAUCAACCUGACUCGCGAAACGCCAAUCUCAUGGACGGAGCAGCUGAUUCUUGUCUACGGAGGCGUUCGUGGGGCUGUCUCCUUUUCCCUGGCUAUGCUGAUCGAGGCAAGUAGUCUAGCAGACGGUGAGCAAGGCGCUCGGAUACGCGGUGUCUUCAUUACGGCAACCUUGUUCGUCAUUCUCUUCGGGCUCUUCAUAAACGGAGUGACUCUCAAGCCUAUGAUCCGAUUGUUGAAGAUCAGGCUUCAAGUAGAACCAGAUGGAAGCAUGUUCAACCAACUGAAUCUGGAAGCUAUAGAUUACCUUCAAGCGGGCGCCGAAAUUAUUGCCGGUGUUUGUGGUCAACGCUCGCUGGCACGAUUUUGGGAACACAGAGUGAAUGAAAGAUACCUUCGAAGAUUCCUGCAACGCUGGCCGCAUGUACACGCCAGAAAUCGACUAGUAAAAGCCUACCAGAUUGAGCUUAUUCGGCAGCAUCUGAUUCUGAGGCCUGUGGACAAGACAACCAGCAGAGUUAGCGUCCCCAACCUUUACACCAUUUUCACCUCCUCAGCCAGUACGAACGGGGUGCUUGAAAGAUGUUCAACAAGUGGAAUCGGGUCUGGUAAUAGGCACAGUUCACUAAUACAGAAUGAACUGCAAGCUUGGCUGGAAACAGAGAUCACUCAGGCACACAUGAGCUACUCAAAGCGCGCAGGUGGCCAACGACCUCCAGAAGAUUCGGGCCACGGAGCUUUGAGCCGGACCGUCAACCCAUCGGAUCCUCAAAAUCUUAGGGGUUCAUCAAACCCGGCUUUUUAUCCAGGACCAUUCGAUGAUCUAGACCCUGAGAAGCUGAGUGGAGGGCUAGGAGUUUGCCCUUGGAAACAGCCAAAACGAGCCAAGCGCAAAUUCCGCCUUGCUAGACUCUAA